GGUACUGAGUAUAAAACAAUAUAAAACAAUAUAAGAGGGUCUCUCUCUUCCCUCAAUGGCAAGUAUGCUUUUGAGUAAUGAACUUCUGUACCAUACCAAUUACCCAGGGGAGUGGUAGAUCUUAAAGACAAAGAUUAAUUGAUUGAUUUUGUUUUCUUCUCAAAUUCCUUUUGCCAAAAGACAGAGAUAAUAAAACAAUAUUUAUAUUUGAGACGUGGUGAUGGUUGUGGUCAAAACGACCAGCUGAAAGACAUAAUGUCCAAGCAAGGUGAGGGAAAGCUCUGCGGGUGGGGUGUAAUAACCGUAACAGCAAACACACACUAUGAACCAGGCACUAUUUAUCAACAGUUUAUCAACAUAUUAAAAGCUUAUUGCAGCCGGGCGUGGUGGCUCAUGCCUGUAAUCCCAGCACUUUGGGAGGCUUAGGUGGGCAGUCACCUGAGGUCAGGAGUUCGAGACCAGACUGGCCAACAUGGUGAAUUAGCGGGGCAUGGUGAUGUGCCCCUGUAAUCUCAGCUACGACGGAGGCUGAGGCGGGAGAAUCACUUGAACCCAGGAGGCGGAGGUUCGUUGCAAUGAGCCGAGAUCGCGCCAUUGUGCUCCAGCUUGGGCGACAGAGUGAGAUUGUCUCAAAAAAAACAAAAAACAGUCUGGGAGCGGUGGCUCACGCCUGUCAUCCCAGCACUUUGGGAGGCCGACGCGGGCGGAUCAUCUGAAAUAGGGAAUUUGAGACCAGUCUGACCAACAUGGAAAAACCCUGUCUCUACUAAAAAUACAAAAUUAGCCAGGUGUGGUGGCACAUGCCUGUAAUCCCAGCUACUGGGGAGGCAGAGGCUGCGGUGAGCCGAGAUCGCGCCAUUGCACUCCAGCCUGGGCAACAAGGGCGAAACUCCGUCUCAAAAACAAAUAGAAACAAAAACAAAACAAAAACCUUAUUACAAUCCUAUGAACUAGCUACUGUCAUUACUAUAAUGUAGAUGAACAAACUGGGACAUGGACAGUUGACAAAACAUCUCCAACCACACACUAGGAAUGAGCUGGGAUAGGAAACCAGGCACUCUGGCUCUAUUACUCCUAAUGCCAUACACGCGAGCUGACUUAGGAGAAAACAGAAAGUACCGUUCGCACAAUACUAACUGGUUCUACGGCCAUUGUUCCCUUGCAUUUCUUUUUUCCUUCUUGUUAGGAACACGUAUCUUUGAAGGAGGUAUCAUUUCUCCCACAAUUCUCCAUUUAACGUUUCCUCCAGUGUUAAGCACCACCAAGGCCACUCAUAGGCCCAGAGGAGAAGUAAUUUGCUUCCUAGAAAUCCUCACUGUAUGCAGAUUCCCUCCCAGAGGAGCCAUCAGUUCUCAUGGGUGGCACUUUUUCUCCAGCUGAUUACACUUUUUUCUGUACCAGUUAAUUUUUCCAACUUCUAAUUGAAUAAAGGCAGUUUUCUUAAAAAAAAAAAAAAAAAAAAAACGAAAAACGGAAAGGAAGGAAGGGGAAAGAAAGGAAGGAAGAAAUGAAGAAAGGAAGGAAGGAAAGAAACGAGAGGGACAGAAAGAGAAAAAGCAAAGAGAGAAAGAAAGAAAGGAAAGGAAAGGAAAGUAAGAAAUGGAAGGGACCUGCAGAAAUGAUUCACCACGCACGGCUGACCCUGGGAGGAGCCACAGGUUGAACCAGCGCCUCCCAGGAUGGAUGCCCGCCGCGGACACCGCAGACAGUCCCACCCCCGGUGGCGACAGCAACUCUUCUGAAUUCCGGAAAGAGCCUUUUCCAGGGGGACCGGAAGCCCGGCGGGGACCGUAGCGGGGACGGACUGACCUACCGACCUUUCUUCCGGGUCCAGAAGGUGAUCUCUGCCCGUGUUCAAAAUCCAAGAGCCCGGGGCUGUAGGAGAAACAUGAACCAGAAGCUACUGAAGUUGGAGAACUUGCUACGAUUUCACACUAUUUAUAGGCAACUGCACAGUCUGUGUCAAAGAAGAGCAUUAAGACAGUGGAGGCAUGGGUUUUCAUCUGCUUACCCUGUGCGGACAGCUCAACUGUAUGCCUGGCCCUGGCCAACAGAUGUGCUCACUGGGGCUGCUUUAUCUCAGUAUAGGCUUCUAGUAACAAAAAAGGAAGAAAGACCAUGGAAAUCUCAGUUAUCUUCAACAAAAUCUAAAAAGGUGGUAGAAGUAUGGAUUGGAAUGACUAUUGAGGAACUGGCCAGGGCAAUGGAAAAGAACACAGAUUAUGUAUAUGAAGCUUUAUUGAACACUGCUAUUGACAUAGAUUCACUGGAAGCAGACUCACAUUUAGAUGAAGUCUGGAUCAAAGAAGUGAUAAUGAAGGCAGGGAUGAAGUUAAAGUGGAGUAAAUUAAAACAGGACAAAGUCAGAAAAAAUAAAGAUGCUGUAAGAAGGCCCCAGGCAGAUCCAGCUUUAUUAACCCCAAGGUCCCCAGUUGUUACUAUAAUGGGCCAUGUUGAUCACGGGAAAACGACAUUACUUGACAAACUUCGAAAAACUCAAGUGGCAGCAAUGGAAACUGGAGGCAUCACUCAGCACAUUGGUGCCUUUCUUGUCUCUCUGCCUUCUGGGGAAAAGAUAACUUUUCUUGAUACUCCAGGACAUGCUGCUUUCUCAGCAAUGAGAGCCAGAGGUGCUCAGGUCACUGACAUUGUCAUAUUGGUUGUAGCUGCAGAUGAUGGAGUGAUGAAACAAACUGUAGAAUCUAUUCAGCAUGCCAAAGAUGCACAAGUUCCUAUUGUCCUUGCCAUAAAUAAAUGUGACAAAGCUGAGGCUGAUCCUGAGAAAGUGAAAAAAGAGCUGCUGGCUUAUGAUGUGGUAUGUGAAGAUUAUGGAGGUGAUGUUCAGGCAGUGCCUGUCUCUGCACUUACGGGCGAUAAUCUGAUGGCUUUGGCAGAAGCAACAGUUGCUCUUGCAGAAAUGUUAGAAUUGAAAGCAGAUCCCAAUGGUCCAGUGGAAGGAACAGUAAUAGAGUCUUUCACAGACAAAGGAAGAGGUGUUGUUACUACAGCUAUAAUUCAAAGAGGAACUUUAAGAAAAGGCUCUGUUCUGGUUGCUGGAAAAUGUUGGGCAAAAGUACGCUUAAUGUUUGAUGAAAAUGGAAAAACAAUUGAUGAGGCCUAUCCCAGCAUGCCAGUGGGAAUUACAGGCUGGAGAGACCUUCCUUCUGCAGGAGAAGAAAUUCUUGAAGUAGAAUCUGAGCCAAGGGCACGUGAAGUUAUUCACUGGAGGAAAUAUGAACAAGAACAGGAGAAAGGUCAAGAGGAUCUGAAAAUAAUAGAAGAAAAGCGAAAGGAACACCAAGAAGCACAUCAGAAAGCCCGUGAGAAGUAUGGCAAUCUACUGUGGAAGAAGAGAGCAUUUCUACGGUUUUUAGAAAGAAAAGAACAAAUAGCCUUAAAGCCAAAAGAGAAAAUGGAAAGAGAUUCAAAUGUACUUUCUGUGAUUAUUAAAGGUGAUGUUGAUGGUUCUGUUGAGGCCAUUUUGAACAUUAUAGAUACCUAUGAUGCUUCACAUGAGUGUGAACUAGAAUUAGUACAUUUUGGAGUGGGUGAUAUAAGUGCAAAUGAUAUUAACCUUGCUGAAACAUUUGAUGGUGUUAUAUAUGGCUUUAAUGUGAAUGCAGGCAAUGUUAUCCAGCAGUCAGCUGCAAAAAAAGGAGUAAAAAUUAAACUUCACAAAAUAAUUUACCGUCUUGUUGAAGAUUUGCAAGAGGAACUGAGCAGCAGAUUACCCUGUGCUGUGGAAGAGCACCCAGUAGGUGAGGCAUCUAUACUAGCUACCUUCUCUGUAACAGAAGGGAAGAAAAAAGUUCCUGUGGCUGGCUGCAGAGUCCAAAAGGGACAGUUAGAAAAACAAAAAAAAUUUAAAUUAACCCGUAAUGGACAUGUAAUUUGGAAGGGCUCAUUAACCUCAUUGAAACACCAUAAAGAUGACAUUUCAAUUGUCAAAACGGGAAUGGAUUGUGGUCUCAGUUUAGAUGAAGAAAAUAUGGAAUUUAAAGUGGGAGACAGAAUUGUUUGUUAUGAAGAAAAGCAGAUUCAAGCCAAGACUUCUUGGGAUCCAGGAUUUUAAAAUUAUAUUAAAAAUGUAAAUAUCUCAACGUGUUGCUUGUUUGAAGGUAGAAGUGCACUACUACUGGCCAAAAAGUAUCUAAGUUGUCUUACCAUGUGUUCAUAUGCAUUUGCACAAACUGUCAAAGUGCUCAGAAAUAGGAAAUCUUAAGGAUGCCUCCAACCAGAAAUCCUUGAAUGGAAAAACUGGCAGUAUGGUAAAAGGGAAUUGUUAUUUACACAUCACCGAUUUCUUUAAAGUGUAUGCUUUAGUUAAGAGGCUUAUCAAGUGAACCAGCUUUCCCUGAAUUGAGCUCCGAAGGAAGAUAUGCUACCCAAGUCCUGCUUGAAACUAAACUGUCUUUUAACAGUACAAAUAAGUAAUCAUUCCUUUAUAGGGAUCCAUCCUGAACAAACAUUAAAUUCCCAAGAGUUGUACAACAGACGGCAAACAUUCCACUGAAACCACCGAGACUGAGGAUGCAUUUUUUUCUUUUUGAAACAGGGUCUUGUCCAGGCUGAAGUGCAAUGUGUAAUUACAACUCCCGGGCUCAAGGGAUCCUUUUGUCUCAACCUCCCCAGUAGGCGGGAGAGAUGGGGGUCUUGCUGUGGUGCCCAGGCUGGUCUUGAACUCCUGGAUGCCCAAGUGAUCCUCCCAAAGCGUAGGGAUUACAGGCAUGAGCCACCACUCCCAGCCAGUAUCCAUUUUUGAGUUGGCAACUUUAGCUUUUAACAGAAGUAUGCCAUACCCUCUUUUAAGCCAAGGUCUUAACACCCACACAAACCACGAUUCUCCAAGACAGGAGAUAGGCACUACUGGCCAUUGAAUGGGUAGAGGGAAGAGAUGCUGCUCAUCACAUGACAGACCCCACAACAAAGAAUUACCUGGCCCCAAAUGUCUAUUGUGUUGAGGUCAAGAAAUGGACAGAAACACAAACUGGCUUAUAUUUAGACAACUUACAUUAAAUAUAACUUCUGCCAAAGCAUAGGUAGUCUAAGAAUUGAAAAUAUCAAGACCUUUACAAGUGGUUAGUACCUGGCAGGUAUACAGAACCAUUGGGUCACACAAUCCCCAGAAGCAACAUUCACAGUGACAGCAGUAGCACUACUAAGGGAAAUGGGAUGACCAUCAAUUUGGUGCUUAAAAACUAUUCUUUUUACUGCAAUAAAAUCCAACAAUAAAUGUUA